ACAUGGAUCACAAUUAUUACACUUCAAGGAUAUAUGGCCCAUUUGAUUCUUCCAGCCAAGAUUUGUGGGUAAACAUUGAUAAAAUGGAAAAAGAUAAGGUGAAGAUUCAUGGAAUACUCUCCAAUACCCACCGACAAGCCGCAAGAGUGAAUCUGUCCUUCGAUUUUCCAUUUUAUGGCCAUUUCCUACGUGAAAUUACUGUUGCAACUGGGGGGUUUAUUUACACAGGAGAAGUUGUGCAUCAGAUGUUAACAGCAACACAGUAUAUUGCACCCUUGAUGGCCAAUUUUGACCCCAGCGUUUCGAGAAAUUCUACUGUAAGAUACUUUGAUAAUGGCACUGCACUAGUUGUUCAAUGGGAUCAUGUACAUCUACAAGAUAACUACAACCUGGGCAGUUUCACUUUUCAGGCAACUCUUCUCAAUGAUGGCCGUAUAAUUUUUGGCUAUAAAGAGAUUCCUGUCUCAGUGACACAGAUAAGUUCAACUAAUCAUCCUGUUAAAGUGGGGCUGUCAGAUGCAUUUGUGGUUCUCCACAGGAUCCAGCAAAUUCCUAAUGUUCGUAGAAGAACAAUCUAUGAAUAUCACAAAGUAGAGCUUCAGAUGUCAAAGGUCACCAAUCUGUCAGCUGUUGAGAUGAUUCCUCUGCCCACUUGUCUUCAGUUUAACAGCUGUGUAUCCUGUAUCAUGUCUCAAAUUGGUUUCAACUGCAGCUGGUGUAGUAAACUCCAAAGGUGUUCCAGUGGCUUUGAUCGUCAUCGUCAAGAUUGGGUAGAUAGUGGUUGCCCUGAAGAGUCAAAAAAUAAGAUUUGUGAGAACACAGACACAAAUCAAACGCCUCUUCAUAUCACAACUGCACUACAGCAAACCACAACGAGACACAGAGUUUUAACAACUACCAAAGGAGCCAUUAUAUCACAUCUGCCAACUAGUCUACCCACGGAAGAUGAUACCAAGAUAGCUCUACACCUAAAAGAUAAUGGAGCCUCCACAGAUGACAGCGCAGAAGAGAAGAAAAGUGCCUCUCUUCACACUGGCUUAAUUGUUGGGAUUUUCAUUUUGGUUCUAAUAGUAGCUGCAGCAAUCCUUGUGAUUGUUUAUAUGUAUCACCAUCCCACCUCUUCAGCCAGCCUCUUCUUCAUUGAGCGUCGCCCAAGCAGAUGGCCUGCAAUGAAAUUUCGGAGAGGAUCUGGACACCCCUCCUAUUCUGAAGUGGAACCAGUUGUGGUCAUCAAGCCUGCAACUCUGCACAGUUCACUGGAGGAGAAGAAGGAGAAGAAGAAGAAGCAGCAAAAUGAAUAGGUUGAAGCAUCACUGUAGUUUCACAGAAUUUUGACAAAAACUCUGACUCAAAGGGACAAAAAAAAACGGGUGGGAUGAAAAUAAAGUUUAUCUCUCUGUGGCAGAAGGAAAUGUGAUUAGAUUAAAUGUGUGCCUAUUCAAUAUCCUGUUCAAAUGAUAUUUGUUGGUAGGCAACUUCAAAGGCCCUGCUUUUCUUCCCAAUGUUUUUCCUAAUUUAGUGAAAGAAAGCUGCAAAAGAUUUUCCAUUUCAUACUAUAUUUUGUGCCUGCCAGGUUUACUAGAAAAAGUUCUAAUUUUAGGAGUAGUGCAAUAUUUAAUUUAAUUAACAAAUGACAUACCAUCCUGCAGGAUAAAAAUUGGCCAUGUGCUUUAUUGUAAUCUAAGAGACUCAGGAAAAAUUCUUAUGAUGAGCAGUUUAGACAAAAUAUUUGCAAACGUAUAGCCAAUUUUGUAUACUUGGUGUGAUCUUAAGAUGAAAUGUCACCUGACCAAGAAAAACAAAGUCCAACCCAACUCUUCCUAAUCUAGAUUUCCGUAGAAGUUUGUAGUUCAUGGUCAUUGAUUGACAGUUGUAGAAUGCACGGCUGAAGUUGGGAAAGGUUGUUUCAAGCAAAACCUAAAGAGUAAUAAUAAUGGCUUUAAAAAGAAAUAGGAAUGUGAAUAGAUAAAGUCAAAAAAUUCCUGAAAUGAAUUUUUAAAGACUAUUCUCAAAGCCUUCCCAAGGUUUAACUAAGAUACCCAAGGGGAACUGAAGGGGCAAAAAUCAGAAUGAUAGUAAAAGGACACAGAUACAGAAACAGCUAGAAGCAAUUUAAAAAGCAGCUAGAUGAGCCUAGAAAUAGAUGCAGCUACUUUAAUGGUUCAAAGAAAGUCACUUUAUAAAAUACCCCCUCUUGUUUCAAAGUAUGUUUUUUGCGGGAUU